AGUUUUCCCAGUCGCGGCUUCAAUGAUAGGUUGCUAGGUUGUUGAACGUCGGCGACAGCAACACUUUCUAAAAAGGAUAUUCAACUCUACUGUUUUUCGCCAUCCCGCCGAGCCCAAAAGCCUAGACACCACGGUAAUCACAAAUAACCCUCCCGGGUUUGUCUGGAUAUUCAGUGAGACCUUUCCGAAUUCGAAACCCAACACCUCGAUCGCCGAAUCGCAAAAGCACCACAGAAAAAAAAAAAAAACCAAAACCAUGUCCGGCUUCGGGGAGUACGCCCCCAACAUGGUCCCCACGGACGCCCUCGUGGUGCGCGACCAGGCAGAGCCGGCCCAUGAGCUGGUCCAGUAUACGGGCGAGGACCUGGCGCGGCCGAAAUUCGGCCCGUCGAACCCCUUCCGCGACGACUCUUCGGCUGCGUCUGCGUCGCAAAAGCGCAAAAACGUGCUCACGGGCUUCGCCGAGGAGACGUUUGUGUCGGAGCAUACGUUCCGCAGCAAGCACCGGGCGGUGGAGCGGCGCGGCGGUCCGGAGCGCGAGUUUCAGUCCGGGGCGGAAGUCAAGGCCGAGGCGGCGAGGAUACGCAAGACGCGCGAGGGCAAGGGCAGCGCGCUCGUCGCCGAGGGCGACGGCGAGUACAAGGGCCCCUGGGCGUCGUACAAGUCUAGGCAGGCCCGUGGGAUUGAGGUCGAGCUUGAGGGUGGUGGCGAGGAGUUGGCGAGCGAUGAGGAGUACGAGAUUGUCGAGGUCGAGGACGACGAGGAUGAGGAUGUCGUGGAGAGCGGUGCGGUCGUCCAGGCGCCGGCGGAGGCAUUGGCGAGGCGGCAGCAGGUCGAGGAUCUCGGCGACGAGACGACAACUUUCCAUGGCUCAGAACUUCACGACUACCAGGGGAGGACAUAUAUGCAUGUACCUCAAGAUUUGGAUAUCGACCUACGGAAAGAGCCAGGGAGCACAACAAAUUACAUACCCAAGAAAAUGGUGCACCAAUGGAAGCAUCACACAAAAGCCAUCACCUCACUCAACUUCUUCCCCAACUCGGGCCACCUCCUACUAUCUGGCAGCGCAGAUUCGACCGUCAAGAUAUGGGACGUGUACCACCAACGAGAGCUGCUGCGGACGUACUCUGGACACAGCAAAUCACUAUCAGACACCACAUUCAACACGCAUGGCGACAAGUUCCUAUCUGCUUCUUUCGACCGCAUGAUGAAGCUCUGGGACACGGAGACGGGCAAGUGCAUCGCCAAGUUCACAACGGGCAAGACGCCACACGUGGUGCGCUUCAACCCGACGUCGGAGCUCGGUCACGAGUUUGUCGCCGGCAUGUCGGAUAACAAGAUUGUGCAGUUCGACACUCGGGCGGGCAACGAGACGGUGCAGGAGUACGACCACCACCUGGGGCCCGUCAACACCAUCACAUUUUGCGACGACGGCCGGCGCUUCAUGACGACGUCGGACGACCGCACCCUCCGCGCCUGGGAGUACGGCUUCGGCGUCCCCAUAAAGUACAUUGCUGAGCCGUACCUGUUCGCCAUGACCCGCGCUGCCACCCACCCCUCGGGCAAGUACGUCGCCUACCAGAGCUCCGACAACCAAAUCGUCGUCUAUUCGAGCAACGACAAAUUCCGCCAGAACCGCAAGAAGAGCUACCGCGGCCACAACAACGCCGGAAGCGCCAUAGACAUCGACAUCAGCGCCGACGGCCAGUUCCUGGCCAGCGGAGAUACGGGUGGCUACGUCGCCUUUUGGGACUGGAAGAGCUGCAAGAUGUUCCACAAGAUCCAGGUCGAGGACGGUCAGGUCAGCUGCGUCAAGUGGCAUCCUCAGGAGAGCAGCAAGGUUGCCACAGGAGGCGCGUCGGGUAUUAUAAAAUUCUGGGACUAAUGGGUGGACGGGACGGCUUGGUACUCAAAGAUUAAACCUGUUGGUUUUGAUAAGAAAUGAAAUCAUCAAAAAGAGAGUACCCUGACCCGCUUGUGACUAUGAUUUUUUUUAAAAGCUCCGGAAGAGUACUUCGGCAUCUCGACGGCAUGUUUUAGUCGCCAUGGGGGUUGUGAGACAGCCUAUUCUUUAAGCCUCGACAAGUAUAUCUCAAGUUACCUUGAGUGUUUUCAAACAACCACACUCCCGAGUUGGGGUGUCGGAACAAAACCAUGAGGCUUUUACAGUUGAAUCAUCAAACCCACAACUUCCAAAUGCUUUUCUCGCAAAGGCAAGAUUGCCAACCAGAAGUUAUUGUGCAAGACCGAAAAUCUCAAAAGAGUCAUAUCAUAAUCCUCACACGAGGCACAUGUUUCGAAAAUGUGCAAGAAUCAGCGUCCCAUCCGAACGACAUUAAUUGUUAAUAUCAAGAGGCGUGCUCAUUUAGCCUGGCAGGCUUGGAGUCAGGGUAUUGUACAAGAAAACAACAUACACACAAAACGAAUAAACAAUGAAUGGACAAAGAAAAAAAAACAAAAAAUAUGCAAAUGGAAAAAUGAGAAAGAAGAAGUGAAGAAAGAAAAUCACGCUGGCUAGAAUAUGCAGCCCACCCAAAUGCUUUCGACAAACCCCCUCCGUCUGGUCGCGUAAAAACUCGCUUCGAUUAUAUGUGGCCCUGCUGAGCCAUACUGGGGGUCAUAUUUCAUAUACAAGACAUUAUGUACAACAUUGUGGGAGUGUGAAAGAAGAAAAAAAGAAAAAAGAAACAAAAUUAAAAAAAAAAAAAAGCUGGCCUAAGAGAAUGAUAAUCUGGUGGAAUUUCGAGUCCAAUGGCGCCUCUAGAAGGAGCUCAGUCGUGGAUCAUAUAAAGCCUGGGGGGAUGCCGGCGUUUUGCGGAGGGAUUGAGGUCGCUGCGGUAGCUGGCGGCAUGGGAGGUGGUUUCGAUGCUAAGGAGACACGUAGCGGAGCCGGCAUAGUAAGUGAUGACGCCUUCCCCGAGCCUUCAGAGUCCUGCGAGGCUUGUUGUUUAUGUGACGAAAAGGCGCCAUCUGGCAUUUUGUUGGAUUCCUCAUUUGGACUUGACAACGCAUCCUUGGACGAUGAUAAACCACGUUUCAUCAUACGUCCCAG